CGGAGCGACGACACCAUCAACAACGUCUUAGCAACAGGACUUAGUAAUUUAGCCGAAGUCUUUUGUUUUGUAAUUAAUUAUGUCUGCAGUUGUCGGGAAAAGACAAGAGCAAAACUUGUGGGAGGAAAUAUGCAAAGAGUUUGCAGCAAUGAGGCCUCCAUUUGAAGUCGAUGAUGAUGCAGAAUCUGUCACCACAGAGAUCAUUGACUUUGACCCUUCGUGUCAUACACCAGUCUUGUAUGGGCGAAUGGCGGAGCGAGUUGCAGUCGAUUCAGAAGUUGUGGCCGAGUUUGAUCCUGCAAAAUCUCACCCUGCAUUUGUAGGGCAUACAGAACUGGAAAAACCCCCCAAAAUGCCAUCUCCACCACCACCACCGCUACCACCUAAAGAAACAUGUACUCCAAGAGAAUAUCUGGAAGGAUAUAUAUUUCCUGUGUUGUUGCAAGGAAUGCUAGAAAUGCUGAAACAAGCUAAAAAGGAAAGAUGUUUUGAGCGAAAACGAUUUCGAUUUAAUGGAUGCGAUUUCUUGACAGAAUACCUUUGGAAGCAUAAUCCGUACAAAUUUGGGCGUGAAAAUGAUAACCUUGAUGAUAUCCCCUUUGUUCAUAAAAUCUUAGCAGAAUGCCCAAGACCAGCCCUGCCAUUGUCUUUGAUAUGGACAGAAGAGGAAGCUGCCAUCGUCAUUCAGUCUUUCUGGAGAGGAUAUCUGGUUCGCAGGCAAGAAGAAGUGCAAGAGCUACGUGUAUGGCAGAAAGAACUUCGUGAUGAGAAUGAAGAUAUCCGGAGGAAAGUCGAGAACUUCUGGAGAGUACAUGAGACUCCAGUUCCAGAUGAUGAGAGGAAUCGACGCGGCAGCGAGUUUUUAUUACGCCACGGCAGAGUACACAGUUCACCACCUCAAAAACCACUACAGAAAAGUUUGACCACACCGAGAAGUGCACUAUCUGAUAAGAGGUGAAAGGUCAAAUUUGGACAUUAAGCAUUGUACAAAAUGUAAAUAGAAUAUCUGUGUAUCAACUGAAAAGUACAUAUGAAUAUAUGUAAAAUAAAUGAUUUUUUAAAUGAUGUAUAGUAUUUGAGGUCUAUAAAUCAAGUUAUCGCAAUCCAGUCUGCAAGGCAGCAACACUUUAGUCCAGUUAAACUACGACAAAAAACUAGCAAAUUGACUGGACUAUCUCUCCUGGUAAUGUUCCAUACCCUCCAAGAUUCAGCUGCAAGGCAGUGGCCAUUUCAUUUGACCACCAGUUUAGCCAGCUGGGGUAAGCUGCUCCCUCUGAAAUUAGAAAGCUUUAGUUUCGGGCAUACACUGAUUUUUUGAGAUGUUAGUACAUAAAGCCUAUUUUCCAUUAGACAGCUGCCAGUUCAUGCGUAUUCAUAUUUUCUAUCUACGUUUCAAGGCGAAAAAAUGCGCAACCAAUCGGAGCUCGGAAAGCAAAAUGAUACUUGACGCUUUUGAUUUGUGUGAAUAAAUUCGCAGAGUGGAAAAGAGGCUUCAGAACUAAAAAUUUUAACCACCAUAACAACAAAUACACUCUUUAUACAUACAUUUUUAUAAUUUUAUCUUUGUCCACAUAAAGUAGGCACGGGGAACACGUCCCUGUACAAAAUGCCUACCAAAGUAUAAAACAAAUAAUAUAAUAUGUGUCUAUGUUUCAAUUGCAUUAUAAAAAAUAAAAAAUUUUCAGGUAGAUUAAUGUUAUGCUGGAACAAGUAUUAGGUGUAUUAUUUCUAUCAUCAUGGAUUUCCUUAUUAGGACCACUAAUAUUUGGCUACAUUGUGGGUCCUGGACAAUCUAAAUUUUAGUUGAUUUUAAACCAAUAAAAUAUUGGGAACAUAAGAAAAAA